CACACACACACACUCACAUGCUCACACACUUCCUCUCCAUCAGUCCUGUGCAGCAGCAGCAGCCUCUCCUCAGAGAUGGAGAGCUGGUAGAAGUGCAGCGGCCGCUCUCCCCUCCUCGCUCCGGUGGAUGUUGGAUGUACCAUGAGGUCUCCGCGUCUCUGGGCGUCUCUGUGCCUCCUCCUCACCGCCUCCUGCCGGCUCUGCGUGGCCGCCCGACACGGUUGCUUGUUUGAAAAGAAGCUCUGUCUGAGAGAUCAGCUGUGCAACGAUGACGGUUUGUUCGGACAGUGCCAGUCUCCUCACCAGGAGCCCGUCCAGUACCAGGUGUCUGUACCUGUCCUGCACAAGCUGCAGGAAGUCCUCAAAGACCUGAUGGUGCAAGGUCUGACCUGGAAGGACGACUUCACCCAGGCGAUCAUCGGCCGAGAGUUGAGUCGUGUUCCCACUGUCGGUUCCUCCUCCAAACUUCGUGAGAAGUCGCCCAAACAGUUGUCCAGAAUGUCGGGCCCCAGUCAGCGCAGGGUUCAGGGGCCAGAGGAGCUAGCUGACCCCGAGAUGAUGCAGCAGUACGUGGACUACAUGAUCCUCGACCCCUCCCAAUCCUCCGUCCACAUGCAGACGCCCCUGCUGGACCCUUACACCUACCACCAGCAGCAGUACGGCUACCAGGAGGAGGAGGAGCGCUCUCUCAACUCUCUGGACGAUAAUCCAGCCUUCCCGCACCUCGCCUCCCCCUCUCGCUCCAGGUCCCGAGGAAACCCCCUGGACAGAGACCGGCAGCUUCUCCAGGACCUGGUGUCCUUUUACCUCACCUCCCCAUCUUCCUCCUCUUCUUCCUCUUCCUCCCCUGUGCAGUCCCUCUCUCGCCACAGAGGGGCGGUAGCAGCAGCAGCAGCAGCAGCAGGAUUUCCCACUUCCCUGUCCUCUUCAUCCUCCUCCUCCUCGUCUUCCUCCUUCUUCCCGGAGCUGGACUUCCCACUGGACUACAGUGAGGACUACAUUUCCCAGGUGGCCCAGCUCAGCAAGCAGCAGCAGCAGCAGCAGGGGGAGAAGAAGGCGCAAGAAGAGUACGACGCCCUGUCAGGACUUGAUGAGCGCUCUCUGCAGAGGCUGGCUCUGCUGCUCGAUCACUACGGCCUCGACGUGAAGGAUUUGUCCCCCGAGCAGAAAGACAACCUGCCGGCCGCUCUGAAGCAGCUGCAGCUGGAGAGCUCCUACGCCCACAAGCAAACCAAAGAUAAAUAUGGAAACAAUGCUGCCACAGGAAAGAAGAUCACAGAGGGUUCGAUGGCGUAUAAGAUGGCUGCCCCCGAGGCCCCACCCUCCACCAGCCAACCCCCCAAACCAGAAGCAGCCCAGAAAGAUCUGACUCCCGCUGUAGCAGCCAACCAGGACAAACUGAGGAAGCACGAACCCGCGGCCAAGGCGGAGGAGUACGGCUACGUCGUCACCAAUCAGAGCCCCCUCAGUCUGAACGACGGGGCGCGCCUGUUGGAGCGUCUGUCGGAGAGGAUCGGCCUCUCCACCGGCUCCUUCAUCAACAUCAGUGUGGUCGGACCUGCGAUCACCUUCAGGAUCAGACCGAACUCCAAGAACCUGACUGCUGGAGAUGUGGCAGAGAAAGCCGUUGCAGAGAAGAACUUCCUGGAGUCUGAGACGGGCCUGAAGGUGCUGCAGGGCGGUGUUGGAGAGAGGAAUGAUGGGAAGGCGUUGCCCCUGGCGACCCGAGUCCAGCCCGGCUCCCGCUGGGUGUUCUCCAUGCUGGUGGCCAUGGCUUGCAUCGGCGGCAUCCUGGUGGCGGCCAUGACCAUCACCUGCCUGCGUCACCACGCCCACCGGCUGGCAGCAAAGAAGCUGGGUCUGGGACCAGAGGGGGGCAGCUUCAGCCACCAGGAGUACCAGGACCUGUGUCGCCAGCACAUGGCCUCCAAAGGCGCCUUCGGACGCCUGGAAGCUGCUGCCCUCGGCGCCGUGGGAGGGCCGAGCGGAGGAGGAGGAGGCGGAGGUGGAGGUGGAGGAGGUGCUGGCGUCGGGGGAGGAGGAGGAGGAGGAGGAGGAGCAGGAGCAGCAGGAGGCGGAGGUGCCGACUCGAGGGUGAGCAGCGUGUCGUCCCAGUUCAGCGACGGAGCCCAGCCCAGUCCGAGCUCCCACAGCAGCACGCCGUCAUGGUGCGAGGAGCCGGCCCAGGCCAACAUGGACAUCUCCACCGGUCACAUGAUACUGGCCUACAUGGAGGACCACCUGAGGAACAAGGACCGUCUGAUGAAGGAGUGGGAGGCUCUGUGUUCCUACCAGGCCGAGCCCAGCGCCGUCUCUGUGGCUCAGAGCGACGCCAACGCCAAGAAGAACCGCUGCCCCGACUCUGUACCCUAUGACCACUCGAGGGUGAAGCUGAAGGCGGAGAUCAACCCGUCACGCUCUGACUACAUCAACGCCAGCACCAUAAUCGAGCACGACCCCCGGAUGCCGGCCUACAUCGCCACCCAGGGCCCCCUGUCACACACCAUCUCCGACUUCUGGCAGACGGUGUGGGAGAACGGCUGCACUGUGAUUGUGAUGAUGACAGCUCUGGUGGAGGACGGAGAGAAACAGUGCGACCGCUACUGGCCUGAUGAGGGCUCGUCCCUCUACCACAUCUAUGAGGUGAACUUGGUGUCGGAGCACAUCUGGUGUAACGACUUCCUGGUGAGAAGCUUCUACCUGAAGAACGUGCAGACGCAGGAGACCAGGACGCUCACGCAGUUCCACUUCCUCAGCUGGCCGGCUCAGGGCAUCCCCACCUCCACGCGCCCCCUGCUGGACUUCCGCAGGAAGGUGAAUAAGUGCUACCGAGGACGAUCCUGCCCCAUCAUCGUGCACUGCAGUGACGGUACAGGCCGGACUGGGACUUACAUCCUGAUUGACAUGGUUCUCAAUCGCAUGGCUAAAGGCGUGAAAGAGAUCGACAUCGCCGCUACACUGGAGCACGUUCGAGACCAGAGGCCCGGGAUGGUUCGCACCAAGGACCAGUUUGAGUUCGCCCUGACAGCCGUCGCUGAGGAGGUCAACGCCAUCCUCAAAGCUCUGCCCCAGUGAAACCAGUACAACCAGCCCCUGCCCCCCUUCUUGCCUUGCCUUUUCUCUCUAUGAUGAUGAUGAUGAUGAUGAUGAUGACAAAGAGUGACGUGCUUCUCUGCCCGUUGCGUCAUUCCUUGAAACAUAGUGGUGAUGUCAAAAAAAUAAAAAUAAAAUAAAAACACUGUAAGGGUAGGAAGGAUUAAACAUGUGAUGUGUUCAGGGACGUUCAGAGGGUAGAAGUGCUGAAAGAAAGUGUUGCAUCUGAAUGAAAAUGAAAGCAGGAAGAUAAAACAGAGCAGACAGACUCCUGAUGGCUUUUAAAACCACUGUCAUGCCUCAUAAAGUAACUUUGACUCCAGCCUGUGGAGAUCCAGCCUGACGCUCCAGUUUGAGCCACACUGAAGCAGAAACUAAUUCUUCGUCUUAUAUGUGGUUGAAGUUUGUUGAAAUUGUGCUGCUGUUGGGUCACGUUUGGCUUUGGUCUCAAUAAGGAAGCAAAAUAUCAUAAAUAUUGAUUUUAAAGCAUCAGAAGGCUCCACAAAGCUUAAAACGAUUAGAUGUGUAAAACGCCAAGUGGAAAAGAGAGUUGCAGUGUGAAAGAUACCGGUCCCCGGUGAACCACAGGAGGAUCAGGAUGAAGUCUGAUUGUUUGCACAUCCUGCUCGGUCUGUAGCUGCCCUUCCUCUCCUCACGUGACAACAACGUCCUUCUCUUUGUGUGCCAUUCAGAUUAUUUUACAUCACUGGAUAUAUUGUUGUAUACCUCACGCAAAUCAGAAAAAGAAAAAAAAAAUUAAAAAAGAAAAUGCUAUUCUAUGAAAACAAGAAAAGCUAUUUUGUACAUGUGAGACCUUAAAUAAAUCUUUUCGUGUUUAAGUGCUGCAA